AUACAGUUGGCAGUCGUGCGAACGGUUAGGCGGAUGCGCGUGUCCCUCCCUCCCGUCGGAACGCCGCUCACUGGUCGCAUCUGCUGUAAUCUAAACUCUCCCGUUUUCGUUUUCGUGUAGCGCGGCACUCGUUAUCGCGUCGCUUUACAUGGACUUAGUAGCGAGGCCCACUUGACACAAAAGCACGCGCUCGAAACGAAUCGAAAUCACAUUGCCCGCGCGUUUUUAUCGCUCUCUCGCGCUAAAGGAAACUUUUUUUUAUCGCGACGACAACGUUUGCCGCCGCUACGUAAUAUAAUAAUAAUAUUAUAUUAUAUACGCUUAAAAGGGCUCAGCCAAGUCGCGUUACGAAAAUAAAUAUAUAUCGCGCAACCACGUGUCGUGCCGGGUACCCGUCCGCGCUCAAUAUCAGCAGACCGCGAGCGCGUCUGCCGGUCGAGUGAAAGUCUCGCAUUUUUUCCUUCUCCCGCGUUCGUCCUCGUGACGCAAAAGUGACAUUUACUCGCGUCUCUGCCAGAGUCACAGCGAGCGUCCGCCGCCGGCCCCGAGUGUAGGAAUUGUUAUCAUUAAUCAGUAUCGUUGCCGUCGUACACGCUGCCAUGAUAAGGGUGAGAAAAAAGUACGGCCGAGCCGCCGAGUGUGGCUGAUCGAUGUGCGGAUGUGGUAAUACCGACGAAAACCGCAAAAACGACAACAAAACCAACAACAACGACAACAUCGUUAUCGCCGACUACGACGACGAUCGGUCUGUGGCUCGAGGCGACAUCGAAAAGCCACGGACGGCGGCCGUUCAAAGGACAAUAAUAAUAUAUUCGGUGGUCGACGGUCGCAGCAGCAACAACAGGCGACGAUAGCAGCGACGGUGGUGAUCGGGAUCAUCGUCGCGCCGGCGUCGCCGUGGUGUUGUUGUUGUCGCCGUCGUCGCGGUGGUGUUGGUGGUGGUGCGUUGGCGCGAUCGGCAGCCCCGCGCGUACGACCACGGCCGGCUGCAAACUGACCGUCUGCGGCUGCUGUUACCUACCGGCGAUCUGUUGUCUGGCCGCCGUGAUCACGUCGCUGUCGCUCAUGCGCUCCAGGGCGGCCGCGUACACCGACGUAAACGCGACGGCCGACCUCGUCCAGCACACCGCUGUCGCCGCCGGCCGUAAUGUCGUUGUCGUCCGCGGCCAAGUGGUCGAAGCCGCCGCUACUGCCGCCGCCGCCGCCGCCACCGCCACGACCGUCGUGAUAGCGACCGCCGACAACGCGACGACCACUACUGCGGCCACCGACACGUUAUUCCGCCGACCCCUUUCGCCGCCGACGCCGCCGCCGCCGCACCAUCAGCCGCAGCCUAACCAGACCGACCCCGCCGCCGCCGACAACGACCGAGUCCACAAUCAUCAUCAUAAUCAUCAUCAGCAUCAUUAUCAUCAUCAACAGCCGCAAUCCCUUGGAACGGUGAUGGUACUGAUGGUGGUGACGGUGGUCGUGUUGGGUACUGUCGGGCUGCUCACUUGCGUGCUGCAUCACUACAAUCAACAAUACAACGCGUCCGUGCCCUGUCUGUCGGCAGCGCCCGGGCCGCCGCACCGCAGGCUUACCGCGCCGCCGCCACCGCUGACCAAGAAGAAAAAAUCGACGACGACGACUACGACGGCAGCGGCGGCGGCGGCGGCGGCGGCAGCGGCUGUGACGACGACCACGACGACGACGACGACGACGGCUAUCAUCGCAUCGCCACCACCGCUCUCGACUACGAACGGUGCACGUCGUAGCGGCGGCAGCUGUUGUAACAGUAGCAGCACGUCCUCGCGAACCGCCAUGUUGACGAUGCGGAGCAAUAACGGGCUGUCCCGAGAACACGACCGGCAGGUCCGGUUGCACUCGGUCCGGACGGACCUGGAGUUGGACAUGCCGCCGCGAAUCCAUUUGCCGGACGGAGAGGAGUACCCGUACGGCAGCAUGGCCAAGUUGCAUUUGCGGAAUUCCGAACAAGAACGAGAGAUCUACCAGAAGUGCAUCAGGGGACCUCCCAACCGGACGAUAUGGACGUCAACCGCGGAAUGUGGGAAAAUGUCGCAGCCUCACAGGUCCAGUUCUGCGUCUGGCCUCACGUCCCUCUCUACGUCUUCGUCCGAAGUGGACUCGGUCACGAGAUGUAAUAGUGUCUCCUCGAAGUAUGUGUAUUUGCCGAGAACAGAGUUCCCGCAAGUAGACAACAUUCAAAGUCUGUCGAGUCUGACCAUGGUACCAUGUUUGAGCCACGUAGACAAACAGACUUUAAGCCAAUAGUAUAAUAAUAAAGACGUCUCUCACCGUUUACUAUUAUAAUAAUAUUAUAUCUGUGUAAUAAUAUAAUAUACGAGGUGCUACUCAUUGCAGAGACCGCUGAAAAUACUAUAUUAUGUUAUAUAUUUAUAUAUAUAUAUAUAUAUAUAUGCUCGUAUAUGUAUAUUUUAUAAUAUACACUCACACACACACACACACACACGUCUUAUGUAUAGGUACAUAUAAUUUAAUUGUAUUAUUAUAUAAAUUAUAAUAAAUUAGUGUUUUAUAAGGAAGAAAAACAACUCGCGCACACACACAAACACACACAUAUUUAUACACAUUCGAACAGUCUUCUAAUACCUAUGUAUUUCAUAUUUUAUAAAAUCUAAAUCUCCGCGUGUAUUCAUCAUGUGAUAAACAAUUACAUCUCAUGUGUGUAAUAAGUGUGUAAUAUAUAAUUGCAUUUUUUUUUAUACAUAUAUUUAUUAUUUAGUGAUAUAGUUAAUUUGAACAUUUUUUUUUCUUAUUUUUAUUGUAAUUGUGCGUACGCGGGGGUACGUAUUUAUCUGUUAAUUUUUAAUAACAUUAUGCGUAUAUAAGAUUCCGUUGAAAGCACACGGCCAAUUUUCUAGCCAACGCAAUGAUUAACCUUGAUAUAGUAAAAUAAUAAUGUUAUAUACCAUCACAUCGUAAACGUAACUAUGAUGAUAACAUAUAGCUGAUAAUACAUAAUUGUUGUCCGAAUACCGUGUGCCGGCAAAUCGGUUUUACAGUCCAGAGACGUGUGCUUUCAACGAACCUUAUUAUUUCAAAUAACUUGUCGUAUUACCUGCAUAUAUUUAUUAUGAUUUACAAUAUAAUAUUAUAUAACAAGAAUAUUGAAUUUGGAAAAAAAAACAGAAAUUGUGGGUACCCCAACCGUGGCGAAAACACGAUUAUUACAACGUCCGAUAGCGUGAAUAUUAUUAAAUAAUAAUUAAUGUUGAUAAUAUUAUGAUAAGUAUAAAAAUGUAAUGUCUUACUUUGCUUUUAUCGACGGAGGUGGAUAAUUCGUGUCAUAUUAUGUAGGUAGGUAGGUACCGCGAUGUGUUCGAAUGCGAAUAAUAUAAUAUUAUAACGUUUGUGCUGUGCUUAUUUAGAAUAUUUAUGAGAGAAACAAAAAGCGUUUUUCGAUGGUUUUUCUCCUUUUCUACUUAUUGACAUUAAAUUGACGAUUACAUUUCGAAUAAUGUUUUUUUAUUUUUUUACACGAUUGGGGCAAUGAUUAUUUCUAUUCGGUCCAGGGAGGUAGUUAUAUUAUUAUGAAGGUUAUGAUUUUUUUACCAAUUCUUCUACUGAGGGGGUUUGGAAGUAGGGGAUAUGAGGCAGUCGUCGUCGCGGUCAAUAAGCGUUCCCCCCCCGAAAACAAUCUCUAAUAAAAAAACAGACUUUAUACGAAUCGUACGACGACAAUAUUCUGUGUGACGAAAUAAACAAUUUAAUAAAAAAAAAUGUUUUAUAAGAACCUUCGAUGUGCCUGUAAAUUAUAUUAUAGUAAAAUGAAAAAUAUCUAUCAUAUACAUCGCAUAUAUUAUAUACUUAAUAAUAUCAUAACCGCACGGUUUUUUUUUUUAAUUGAAAAUUUUCUUCUUUAGUUUUAAUAAAAAUGCGCUGACGUGAUAAUUAGUUUCGGUACGUGUGUGUUAAUAAAUUUUCCGAAACCAAGCGCUGUCGCUUUUUAUUUUGACGGACUCUUAAAAAAAAUGGGUAAUAAAUUAUUAUUAUUAUUACUAUAUUAUUAUUAUUAUUAUUAUUAUUAUUAUAAAUGAAAUAGUUUCUAGUCAUUCGUUAACUUUAUUUAGCAAAUUGUUUUGUUGUUUCUAAUGACCGAAAUUACGUGAGAAAUCAACAAGUCGGGUCGGUGACUAUAUUAUAUUGUGUUGGACAACAUUUUACCAUCCAAUUUUUGUGCGUAAUAAAAGUGACUGUACUGUAUAUUUUAUUAUAUUAUUGUAAAUAUUAUAUAUAUUGUGUUGUACAUGUUGGAUUAAUAUGAUUUUGUCAUUGGUGAUAUUUAUAGAAAUAAUUAAAACAAAAUUAACUUUUUUUAUGACCGUGCCAUUUAAUGGGAAAAUGCUUAACUCCAGAGUGAGCGUGAUGAGAUAUAGUUAUGAUGUCUAUAUAGUGUGAGAUAGUGAGUGAGGAGAGAGAGAAAAGGAGUAAAUAAUAGAUAGUAUAAUUUUUGACAAAAGACAAAAUAAUAAUUAUUCGAUAGGUUUUUCAAUACUUUAUAGACAAAUAGUAGAACAGUGUUUUUUAUUAUUAUUAUGUAAGUAAUAUAAAAAUUUAGGUAAUAACAUGUUCAUGCGACCGACAUAAUUUCGACGUUUAUAACUUGUAUUUUUUUUUUUUUUUUUUUUGUCAUUUUGUACAAAUAUAAUCUCUUUGGUUUAUGUACAAUAUAAUGUAAAUUUAACUAUAGUUAUCUUAAUAAUAAUAAUCUACAUUAUAUUUACUACCAAAAACACUCUUAUUUAGUUUUAUUUGUAUUUAAUUUAUUUAUUUGUUAUGCUUGUAUACAAAACAAUAUUAUAACGAUAUUCAGUGUGUAAAUACAAAAAACUAAUGUAUAUUAUGUAUGUGUAAAAUAACGAUGGCAUAAAUGCAGUGAUAUGUGGGUAGGGACCCAAUUUAUUUUAUGUAAUAAUUAUUUUGAAUUGUUAUUUCGGAGCAAACAAGCCACUGAAAACUAUAUACAAAAAAUAAUGAUAAGAAAAAAAAAACGAUGAUAAAAAUGAAUAAAAACAUUUUAUUAGCUAAUUAAAAAAUAUAUUUCUGUAUUGUCAAAUGUA